CUGUUUCAUUUUGGAAUGAUCUCAUUCCAGUCGCAGAAAUUAUGCAAACUAUAACUAAGAUGAUCAUUGUUGUUCAAUGCCGGAAUUUAUGCUCAGGUGACUUCUGCUCUUUUACCUUCGUCGAUUCGUUGGCUCGAGCGGAAUUAAUGUGAUCUGGCAUUGUGAUCAGUCACAUGGACGACGCACUAUAUAUAGCGUGUGGCCGUUCUUUGGAGCUCGUGAAACGCUGAUCCAAAACCAAUAUUCUACCUUUUUUACCAGCACGGCAAUUCAAGGUAGAAACAGGUGGCCCUUUUGUGAUGUGGUUGUAAAAUCGCGCGAACAAUUAACAAACCGUAAAAGAAAGUGCACUGCAGUUGAUGGCAAAAACUCUAGGUACACGGGUUGUCUGUCCGAGGGUGACCGGUCAUUCGGGAAGAGGAUACUUGGUGAUCCAACGGGUAUAACUAGGUAUACCGAGAGAUAACAAGGACUAGAAAUAUGAUUACAUAAUAAUAAUCACAUAAAGAAAUAUCGUGAUAAAAUCACAGGAAAUAAAACAUCAAAAAAGUCUUACAUAUUAAUAUGUUGUGGGCUAACGCAAGAUAUUGCCCUUAAAUUUCGGGCGAGACGUUGCCGUAUGUGGACAGCCGGGGGCGUAGGCCCUUAGCAUCAUAUCUAACAAUUGUCACAAAAUUGCUACUUUUUAGAAUGCGGGUUACGCGGGAAGUUGGCCAAUAUUGAAAAACGAGUGCAAACAUGUAAUGAACCAAUUAAAUUACAGUAAAUACCAACGUGUCCCGGAUGUUGUGUGUUGCCGUGCGCUUGGAAUUUCCGAAAUAUAUCAAUCCAAUCUCAUGAAUGCUUUAAAUACGGCGGUAAUACCAAAAUAUAGAAAUAAAAAACUUACGAAAUAUAAAGCGAGGAUUGCAGAGCGGUUUUAUAGCACUCCGCGCUCUUCUGGAAAGUUUUUAUACACUUUUGAAAGCCCUGGGUUGUCAAAAGUCUUCAAAUUCCAUUUGCGGGGAAUUUCUGCAUAUGAUUUAGCCGCAUGUGCUCGCCCGUUGAGAUGUAAACUUGGACAGUCUUUCGUGUAUAUUUUCUCUCGGGGGCGGUGAAGGAUUACAGUAUCUUUCAAAUCGGUUUGGUUUUGAAAGGCCUGUUGAAUUGUAAGCGUUCGGUAAAUCCCCACGGCGGACUUUGCUGUACUGAAUGGAUUCAGGGAGAUUGACUGGCAUGAAUGCAGACGAAUAUUUGGAUACAACCAUGAACCGUGAAAGUGAACCGGAUAGUGAUCAUAGUGACCACGAAAAUGAAGUUGCAUCUUCGACGUCAGAAGAAUAUCCUGCUUUUGAGACAAUUUAUGAGAAUAUAUAUCUUGGAAACAAAAAAAAGAGGAUCAAUAAGGAGAUUCGUCGGAUGUCUUGUGAUUGCUCGUACAGUCCAGAGGAAAGUGAUUUUGUUGGUUGUGGAGAUGAUUGUCUGAAUAGAUUGCUCAUGAUUGAAUGCAAUUAUAGAUGCCCCUGUGGAGAAUUUUGUUCAAACAGAAAAUUUCAAAAAGGUCAAAAAGUUAAGGUGGAAGCGUUUAUGACUGAGAAAAAAGGCUGGGGACUGCGGACCUUGGAAGAUAUUGCGGCGCAUCAAUUUGUGAUUGAGUACAGCGGCGAGGUGAUGGGCUACGAAGAAUUUGAGAAACGUGUUGAGAUGUAUGAUCACGAGAACAGGAGACAUUAUUAUUUUAUGACAUUGAAAGCUGAUGAGAUCAUUGAUGCAACAUACAAGGGUAAUCUUUCAAGAUUCAUUAACCACAGCUGUGAUCCAAACUGUGAGACACAGAAGUGGACAGUAAAUGGCUAUUUGAGGAUUGGUUUCUUUUCUGUGAGAGACAUUGAAGCUGGUACAGAGCUGACGUUUGAUUACAAGUUUCAACGUUAUGGGAAAAAAGCCCAAGUCUGUUAUUGCGAGUCUCAAAAUUGCCGUGGAAUAAUUGGUGGGGAGAAGCAUACCCCCCUGAAGUCUAUCAUCUCUGGCAGACCUGCUUCACCAGCGCCAACUAGUUCACCAAGAAGAAAUCGAAGACGGCAGUUAGCUGAGCAAUUUGAUGAUAAACCUCUGGAGGUUGAGAUUGCUCAGCUGCUUGCUGGUGACAAGGGAAUUAAAACAGACGACCAGGCGCUUAAACUUUCCCAGUUCAUGGUCAGAGCAGACACCACUUCACAACGCCUUCUGUUGCUAAACGCCCUUUUGGCAACGAUAGACCAGAACUGUCUACGGAAUUUCGUAAGAUAUCAAGGAUUGUCACUUCUCUGGAGUUGGAUGGUUGAUCUCGGAGAAAACUCGCUGCAUCUUCAGAAAAAGAUUGUUCAAGUGCUCAAACACCUGCCUGUCGCUAACUUGAAUCAAGUCAAAGAUACAAAAGUGCUUCGAGUGAUCAGCAAGUGGGCGAAGAAACCUUCGUUGUCGUGCGUUCCCGAAGAGGAGACGAGCUCCAGCGACGUGGACUCUCGAGGCCAGAGCCCACAGGACGCCUUAGACAUUGCUUCGAGACGUGAAUCUCACAUUAGCUCGAGUUCGGACGAGUUGCAGAACUCUUCAAAAAGUACGGAGGGCUCUAAGUCCGAUAUUGAGUGUAAACCAUCUGAUGUUGGAUUGACAAGUACGGAGUGUUUGCCUGCAGAAGACAGUGUCUUCGAGCCAGUUCAGCAAACACGAUCUGACGAUGGACUUGAAUUGCCUGCUGUUAAGCAAGAAGGUCAAACAGCCGAGGAACGAAAUCUCGAGGAGUUAAAUCCAGAGGGUAAGAAGCCUGAGGAGGGACUAAAAUCCGAGGGGUUGAAACCCGACGGUGUUAAACAUCAAAGUGCAUAUAGUAGGAUAGUUGAAAGAAUUGGAGAUUCAUCUGAGGAGGAAUGCUCAAGAUGGUCAGAAGACGAUGCGACAUCGAGCGAUGGUGAGAAUAUUGUUGAUCUAGCUGCUGAUCUAUUAGAUCAAUGGAGCAGUUUAAAGGAGGUGUAUCGUAUUCCGAAGAAAUCAACCAUCGUGGUUAAACAAGAACCAGAAUCUACUUCAGGAACAACAGAGGCCCCCUCGGCCGAGUUAAGUCGUAGAAUCAGAUCGGAAAAACACGCUCCGGUUCUACCGAAAAUUGAUGAGGAUCUUUUCAAAAAGGACGAAUUCCUUUCCAAACUUGGCGAACGAGAGUUCCACUCGGCGUCGAAGUCGUCUCAACGUGAAGCAUCGAGUGACUCGAGCGAGAUUCCUUCUCUCAUGACUUGUGGAUACACCGAGGUUCAUGAAGGCGCUAAUGAUGCUGGGAGAAUGUCGAUACAUCAGCGACUGCAGAAUGUCGCUAAUACCAGCGGAGGUGAGGAGAAAUCUGGAGGAUGGCAUGCCAAGGCAGCUGCAAGGCUUGGGAGUCGAAAAGGAGGCUACCCUCCACCCAGAAGCCCUCAACAAGAUUGGCAACCUCGUCAUCAUUUCACCCCACCUACCACAGCACCCACAGCAAACACGGGCAUGCCUAGACCCAAUCAGAACAAUCAGUGGCAUAAUCAAGAACAAACGCCCUCCUACAACCCUUACCUUAACACUACCCAAGGUGUGGUGCAGCCUUCGACAACCUUCUCUGUGUCAACGCAGAAUACCACCCUACCUGUCCAACAGCAGCCGAACUAUUUCCAACCACCAGACCAGGCCUCAUGGACGUCUAAACCAACAUUUGCUCCAGACCAAACAGGGGGUCACGUCCAACACACCUAUGGACAGCUGCCACCCCCACCUCCCCAGCACGCUCAAGCAUCGCAGGGGAAAUUUCCAGCUGGACAUCAAGUUUCAACUAACCCUAGUCAAAUGGCCUCCAACCACAGACAAGGACAAUAUACCCCCGCCUACCAAAAUCCGACGACACCUUUUGGAUAUCAGCAGUCUACCAACCAAAAUCAGGCAUACCCUCAACCCUUGUUCAACCCGAUGUUACCAAACUUAGGCGUCCCCCCUCCACAUCAAUUUCCUCCUGGCUUUCCCCCACCGCAAUUUCCUCCCAAUCCUUCGACGUUCUCGCUCGCAACCCAAACGACCAGCGUACCCUCUACCUAUUCGGUGAAUCCAUCGCAACAACCGCAAUUUGCACCCACGGAACAAAACCCGGGCUCUAAUGUACCGAGGGUGAGUUCUACCGUAGGAAGCGCUGUAUCGAUGGAGAUAGUUGACCUGACGUCCGAAUGGGCAGGAAAGUAUAAAAAGACCCAAGAAGGAACACUGCCGUCUGAUUGGAAGAAGGCUUAUGAUGGGGAAGGAAGAGCGUAUUAUUAUCAUGUUAUCACAAGGCAAACUCAAUGGGAACCACCUGUCUCUGAUCGCAGCCCACCGACGCCAGAGCUUGGUUACCUUGGUGAUGAACUAGACACGAGUAUGGAGUCCAGUCUUUUCUCUUCGCAUUUGCCACAAGAUGUGACAAUGGAAGUUGUUGACUCGACCAAGCAACGGAAGAAACCCAGGACUCCUUCUACGCCUCCAGGUUCGCCUCCUAAGAGUCCAGUGAGCAAGUACACUACAGCUGCUGCCGACACGACCGAUAUCCGAAAAGGUGCUUACUCACCUUCCUCGCUGUUGCAAGGUCGACAUCUCACGCCUGAGCAGAGAAAACGUCGAGAAACGUUUAGAAUGAAGCUGUCAGCUGUUGUGGUCAACUACUUGAAUCCGUAUCACAAGUUGGACUGCAAGAUUGGUCGUAUUACUAGUGUCGAUGACUUCAAAUUUCUAGCAAGGAAGCUCACCCACGGUGUUAUGGUAAAAGAACUAAGUCGUAAUAAAGAUGAAAGUACUCUGGCCUGCAACGACUCUGUAAAAAUUAAGACCAAGGAAUACAUUCGAAAUUAUAUGCAGAAAUUUGGCCCCGUAUAUAAGCCUUCGUGAAUGCAAGUUUUAGAAUGUAACAUAUUAUUUAUUUAUUUUAUAGAUCAAUUUUAAAAUUGUAAAUGCCGCAAAGCGCUUUCGUGUUUUUCAACUGUAAAUAGUAUUGCUGUCUAUUGUACACAAUGGUCUAAAUAUGUAUAAAAAUGUACAUUGAAAAUUUCUUGGGUGGUUAUUCUUAUUGUAUGAAUAAAAAUU